AUGGGGCCAGAGGUGACCAGCCUGUUGUUGCUAGGGCUGGUACUUUGCUAUGCAAGUGAAAUUAAAACAGUAAGAAAAUCUAACCACGGCCACUUUGUCUGCAGUACCUGGGGAAACAACCAUUUCAAAACCUUUGAUGGAGACUUUUACACAUUUCCUGGGUUCUGUGAUUACAACUUUGCCUCAGACUGCCGAGAAACUUACAAAGAGUUUGCUGUUCAUAUCCAGCGUGAGCAGAAUGGUCAAGGUCACCCUAAUAUCCAAUAUGUUCUUGUUAAAAUCAAAGAUGUUGCUAUUUACCUCACUCACAAGAUAGUUGCGGUAGAUGACCAAAUGGUAAAGACUCCAUAUUAUGGCUCUGGCGUCCUGAUUGAGAUGAACAAUAUAUAUACUAAAGUCUAUGCAAAAAUGGGCCUGAAUCUGAUAUGGAACCAAGCAGAUGCUUUGAUGAUUGAGCUUGACUCUAAAUUCAACAAUUAUACUUGUGGCCUUUGUGGUGAUUAUAACGGACAAAAUAUCUACAACGAAUUUAUCUCAGAUGGAUUAAGCUACAAUCCAAUCACAUUUGGAAACCUACAAAAAGUUAAUAACCCCACAAAAAGUUGUGAAGACCCUGAUGAGACAAAGCCUAUUGAACUGUGCAAGCAGCAUCGUGAAGAGUGUGAAACUCUCCUAACAUCGCCAGCAUUUGCAGAUUGCCAGAAUCGCCUGAAUCUAGAACUGUAUGUUCAAGCUUGUAUGCAGGACAGAUGUGCUUGUCAGCAUGAAAAGGAUUCUUUCUGCCUCUGCAGUACCAUUUCUGAAUAUUCACGACAGUGUUCCCAUGCUGGUGGCAGACCUCAGAAUUGGAGGACCCCUCAGUUCUGCCCGAGGUCAUGUCCCAAAAAUAUGAUUUACCUGGAAAGUGGUUCUCCCUGUAUGGACUCCUGCUCGCACCCAGAGAUCAGCAAAAUAUGUGAAGAGCACUAUAUGGAUGGCUGUUUUUGCCCCAAAGGCACAAUAUAUGAUGAUGUCACAGGGAAUGGCUGUGUGUUAACAAGUCAAUGCCACUGUAAACUUCAUGGAAAAACAUUCUACCCUGGUCAGAAAAUUGCCAAUGAGUGUGAAGAGUGCGUUUGUCAAUCAGGGAGAUGGAGAUGCAAGGAGUUACCGUGUCCAGGUAGCUGUGCUUUGGAGGGUGGAUCCCACAUAACCACUUUUGAUGGGAAGAAAUAUACCUUCCAUGGAGACUGUUACUAUGUGUUGACCAAGACCACUAAAAAUGACACUCAUGUCGUUUUGGGCGAAUUGGGUCCAUGCACUUCUUCAAAAAAGCAGACAUGCCUAAAGACAGUAGUGCUAUUAAUAGACCAAAGGAAGAAUGUUGUAGUUUUCAAAUCAGAUGGCACUAUAUUACUGAAUGAAAUUGAGAUUCAUUUGCCAUACAGAACAGGUAGUUUCUCAGUUUUCCAGCCAUCAUCAUCCUUCACUGUUGUGGACACAAAUUUUGGACUGAAGAUGCAGAUCCAGCUGUCCCCAGUGAUGCAACUGUUUCUCAUUAUGGAGGAUUUUGCCAAGGGAACUCUCCAAGGACUUUGUGGAGAUUACAAUGGUAUAGAAAGUGAUGAUUUAAAAACAUCAGGUGGAGUGGUUGAAGCAACAGGAGCAUCCUUUGCCAACUCCUGGAAAGCACAAGCUAGCUGUAGUGAUAUGGAAGAUAAAUUGGAACACCCUUGCUCUCUGAGUCUUGAGAAUGAAAAAUAUGCUGAAUACUGGUGCUCCUUAUUGAAAAGUACAAAAAGUCCUUUUGCCAGAUGUCAUUCAGUGAUUGAGCCAACGGAUUAUUAUAAGCGUUGCAAGUAUGAUACCUGCAAUUGUGACUCCAGUGAACAAUGUUUGUGUGGUGCCCUAUCAUCUUAUGCAAAAGCCUGUGCUUUCAAAGGAGUCAUGUUGUGGGGCUGGAGAAAUGUGAUCUGCAACAAAGAAGUAACUUCUUGCCCAGCCAACCAGGUUUUCCGCUACAAUAUAACUACAUGCCAACAGUCCUGCCGUUCUCUUUCUGAUGGAGAUAAAUACUGCUUGAAAGGUUUCUCUCCAGUCGAUGGCUGUGGCUGCCCUGACAAUACCUAUGUGAAUGAGAAAGGCAUCUGUGUGCCUAUGUCUGAAUGCUCCUGUCAUUAUAAAGGCUUAUAUGCGCACGCUGGAUAUUCUGUCAUGAAGGACGACAAGCGCUGUGUUUGCAGAAAUGGAAAAUUUCAAUGUCAACAGUAGACACUGUUAGGUUAAAUAUGUUCAUCCAAUAAGUCAUAUUUUGAUUGCAACAACUUUGACUCUUGGUCUUCCCAAACGCCAAUACGACUUAGCUGUCAAACGCUGGGUACUGCUCACUUCCAAACUGGAUGUAUCUCAGGAUGUGUUUGCCCUGAGGGCUUGAUUGAUGACGGCCGUGGGGGAUGUGUAGCAGAAGAGGAUUGUCCAUGUAUUCAUAACCAGGUGUUUUAUUCCAAUGGAGAAAAUAUAACCGUUGGCUGCAACACAUGUAUCUGCCAAAAAGGAAGCUGGAAAUGUACCAACAUAGUGUGUUACGGGACAUGUACCAUUUAUGGCAGUGGCCAUUUCAUUACCUUUGAUGGAAAAUUCUAUGACUUUGUUGGUCACUGUGAAUAUGUGGCUUCUCAGGAUUACUGUGGAAACCAGCAAGGAACAUUUAGUGUGAUCACAGAGAAUGUUCCCUGUGGAACGACAGGAGUUACCUGCUCCAAGGCCAUUAAACUGUUUCUAGGGACCACAGAGCUGAAGCUGCAAGAAAAACACAUUGAAAAAAUUGAGUGGAGUAACCAUAGCUCUAUAUCAUAUUGGAUUCGUGGAUCAGUUGGGUUGUAUACAGUAAUUGAAGCCAGCAAUGGAGUGAUGCUCAUCUGGGAUAAGAAGACAACUAUUUUCAUCAAGCUGAUGCCCUAUCAUAAAGGGAAAGUCUGUGGUUUGUGUGGUAACUUUGAUAACAAAGCCAGCAAUGACUUUACAACAAGGAGUAUGGCUCAAGACACAGUCAGUGCCUUGACAUUUGGAAAUUCAUGGAAAAAGGAUGCGGCUUGCCCUGAUGUAGACGUAGACAUUGAGCCCUGUGAGUUGAAGCCACAUCGGAAAGCUUGGGCAGAGAAACAGUGCAGCCUUAUCAAAAGUGAUACCUUUAAAAUAUGUCAUCACAAGGUGGAUCCACAGCCAUACUACGAAGCCUGUGUACAUGAUUCCUGUGCCUGUGAUACUGGAGGGGACUGUGAAUGCUUCUGUACUGCAGUUGCUGCCUAUGCGCAUGAAUGCAUCAAAGCUGAAGCAUGUGUCCCCUGGAGAACUCCAGAUAUAUGCCCAAUCUUUUGUGAAUACUACAAUCCUAAUAAAACUAUAUGUGAGUGGCACUAUGAGCCUUGCGGACGUGAUAUUUUAACUUGCAAAAUCCUCAAUCAAGUCACCACCAACUUUUCGGUGUCAUUUUUAGAAGGCUGCUACCCAGAGUGCCCUCCAGAAUAUCCAAUCUACAAUGAGGAGACCAACUUAUGUGGAACAAAGGAAACAUGUGGCUGUUACUAUAAUGAUACUUACUACCCACCUGGAAGUCUUAUCCCCAACUAUGAAUAUAGAGAACUGUGCCACUCUUGUUACUGCGAGUCAUCAGGAACUGUGAUAUGUAAACAUGAAAAAGAGUGUUGUGUUUAUGAUGGCAAAGAAUAUGAAGUGGGAGAUAUCGUUGCUAACAAAACUGAACAUUGUGUGUACCUAAUAUGCACACUAAAUGGCACCAUGGAAAUUAAGUAUGAUGGAUGCAGUUCAACUUCUACUACUGCAACCACCACUUCCAGCACUACUACUACUACUACUACCACUGCUACUACCACCCCAAGAUCUUCUACAACAGUUUCAACUACAAGCAUUCCUACAACAACACCUUGUAUAGAACAAGAAUGUAAGUGGUCUGGAUGGAUUUCUGUGAGUGUACCAGAAAUUGGUUUUGAAAAAGGAGACAAUGAAACUUAUGAAAACAUCAAACUGCACAACAUAAAGAUCUGCGAGAAGCCAGAAAACAUAUCAUGCCGAGCAAAGAAGUUUCCUGACUGGUCUUUUGACGACUUGCAACAGAAAGUGACAUGUGAUGUUUCCACUGGGCUUAUUUGUAAAAACAAAGAUCAGGUUCCUGGACCUGUAAUUCCUGCACCAGUCUGUCUCGAUUACGAAAUCAACGUCUGCUGUCCGGUGGUGUGUUUUUCCACCACUCCCAAAAGCACUACUACCACAAUUACCACCACUCCAUCUACUACCACUCCAACGCCUACUCCUACUACCACUUCCACUUCUGAAAGCACUACUACCACAAUUACCCCCACUCCAUCUACUACCACUCCAACGCCUACUCCUACCACCACUUCCACUUCUGAAAGCACUACUACAAUUACCCCCACUCCAUCUACUACCACUCCAACGCCUACUCCUACCACCACUUCCACUUCUGAAAGCACUACUACCACAAUUACCACUCCUCCAUCUACUACUACUCCAACGCCUACUCCUACCACCACUUCCACUUCUGAAAGCACUACUACAAUUACCACCCCUCCAUCUACUACCACUCCAACGCCUACUCCUACCACCACUUCCACUUCUGAAAGCACUACUACAAUUACCCCCACUCCAUCUACUACUACUCCAACACCUACUCCUACCACCACUUCCACUUCUGAAAGCACUACUACCACAAUUACCCCCACUCCAUCUACUACCACUCCAACGCCUACUCCUACCACCACUUCCACUUCUGAAAGCACUACUACCACAAUUACCACUCCUCCAUCUACUACCACUCCAACGCCUACUCCUACCACCACUUCCACUUCUGAAAGCACUACUACAAUUACCACCCCUCCAUCUACUACCACUCCAACGCCUACUCCUACUACCACUUCCACUUCUGAAAGCACUACUACCACAAUUACCCCCACUCCAUCUACUACCACUCCAACGCCUACUCCUACCACCACUUCCACUUCUGAAAGCACUACUACAAUUACCCCCACUCCAUCUACUACCACUCCAACGCCUACUCCUACCACCACUUCCACUUCUGAAAGCACUACUACCACAAUUACCACUCCUCCAUCUACUACCACUCCAACGCCUACUCCUACCACCACUUCCACUUCUGAAAGCACUACUACCACAAUUACCACUCCUCCAUCUACUACUACUCCAACGCCUACUCCUACCACCACUUCCACUUCUGAAAGCACUACUACAAUUACCCCCACGCCAUCUACUACCACUCCAACGCCACUACUACACCACCCCACUCCAUCUACUACCACUCCACCGCCUACUCCUACCACCACUUCCACUUCUGAAAGCACUACUACAAUUACCACCCCUCCAUCUACUACCACUCCAACACCUACUCCUACUACCACUUCCACUUCUGAAAGCACUACUACCACAAUUACCCCCACUCCAUGUACCACCACUCCAACGCCUACUCCUACCACCACUUCCACUCCUGUAAGCACUACUACAAUUACCACCACUCCAUCUACUACCACUCCAACGCCUACUCCUACCACCACUUCCACUUCUGAAAGCACUACUACAAUUACCACCACUCCAUCUACUACCACUCCAACGCCUACUCCUACCACCACUUCCACUUCUGAAAGCACUACUACCACAAUUACUACCCCUCCAUCUACUACUACUCCAACACCUACUCCUACCACCACUUCCACUUCUGAAAGCACUACUACCACAAUUACCCCCACUCCAUCUACUACCACUCCAACGCCUACUCCUACCACCACUUCCACUUCUGAAAGCACUACUACAAUUACCACCCCUCCAUCUACUACCACUCCAACACCUACUCCUACUACCACUUCCACUUCUGAAAGCACUACUACCACAAUUACCACCCCUCCAUCUACUACCACUCCAACGCCUACUCCUACCACCACUUCUACUUCUGAAAGCACUACUACCACAAUUACCCCCACUCCAUCUACUACCACUCCAACGCCUACUCCUACCACCACUUCCACUUCUGAAAGCACUACUACAAUUACCCCCACUCCAUCUACUACCACUCCAACGCCUACUCCUACCACCACUUCCACUUCUGAAAGCACUACUACCACAAUUACCCCCACUCCAUCUACUACCACUCCAACGCCUACUCCUACCACCACUUCCACUUCUGAAAGCACUACUACCACAAUUACCCCCACUCCAUCUACUACCACUCCAACUCCUACUCCUACCACCACUUCCACUUCUGAAAGCACUACUACCACAAUUACCACCCCUCCAUCUACUACCACUCCAACAUCUACUCCAACGGCUACUCCUACCACAACUUCUACAACAACGGAAAUACUUCCAAAAGAACCUUGUGUGAUAGGAAAUCAUACGAUACCACCAGGAGGAAGUGGUGGGAUAUGUAAUUGCACUGAGUUAGUGUGCGUUUCGAAUAACACAUGGGUGAUGGUCCCUAUCGUGUGUAAAACUCCACCAAAGCCCACAUGUGCCAAUGGGCUUGCUCCUAUAGAAGUAUUGGAUGAAAAUGGAUGCUGCACGCAUUGGGAAUGUGACUGCUAUUGCACUGGCUGGGGAGACCCACAUUACAUGACAUUUGAUGGCCUCUACUACAGUUACCAAGGUAAUUGUACCUAUGUCCUAAUGGAAGAGAUUAAUCCCACCAUCAACAACUUUGGAGUGUACAUCGAUAACUACCACUGUGAUCCAGCGCAAUCUGUUUCUUGCACCCGUACUCUAACCAUAAAGCAUGAGUCCCAGGAAGUGCGCCUCAAAACGGUCAACCUGAUUCCUUUGAAAGUAGAGGUGACUGUGAAUAAUGUGGCAGUGGCUUUACCUUAUGAAAAAUUUAGCUUGAAGGUUUACAAGGCUGGUAUAAACCAUGUGGUGGAACUAUCUAGAUUGAAGACUAAUAUGACAUACAAUGGCAUGGCCUUCACAAUCCGGAUGCCCUAUAACACUUUUGCCAACAAUACCCAGGGACAAUGUGGAAAAUGCAACAACAAUAUCCAAGAUGACUGUAUGUUACGGAAUGGGACUGUUAUACCUUCUUGUGAAAAAAUGGCAGAUGACUGGAUUAUUUCUGAUCCAGAAAAGCCACAUUGUGAACAUAUGCUCCCACCUCCACCUACAAACACCACACCCAAACCCUGCAAACCAUCUGAGUUGUGUGAGCUUCUAAAAGGAAGUCUAUUUCAGAAAUGCCAUCACGUUGUUGAUGUUAAAAGCUACUAUGAUGCCUGCGUAUUUGAUAGCUGCAGAAUGCCCAACCAAUUCAUGGAAUGUGCAAGUCUUCAAAUUUAUGCAGCAACCUGUGCAGAUCAGGGGGUUUGCAUUGACUGGAGAGGACAUACCAAGAAAGCCUGUCCCAUUAUCUGCCCAUCCCAUAAAGUAUACAAAGCAUGUGGUCCUGCUGUAGAAGAAACUUGCAAAUCAGGUUUAACAGGACAAAACCAGACAAAACAAAUGGAAGGGUGCUUCUGUCCUGAAGGGACAAAACUUUAUGACACUGGUAUAGAUGUAUGUGUGGAAACUUGUGGAUGUGUUGGACCAGACAAUAUUCCCAGAAAGUAUGGGGAGAUCUUUCAGUUUGACUGCAAAGACUGUAUUUGCCUGGAAGGUGGAAGUGGCAUUAUCUGUGAACCCUACAAAUGUCCAGUACCAGAUCGUGAAGUAGAGUGUGAAGGAGAAGGAUAUCACAAGAUCACCCAAAUUAAUCCUGAUGAUAAAUGCUGCUCAGACACUGUGUGUGUGUGCAAUACCACUCAAUGUACGACCAAACCUCCUCAGUGUGAUCCAGGAUUCGUAGCUGUUGCUAACACCACUGAAGAACACUGUUGUCCUACUUAUCAAUGCAAUCCUAAAAAUGUGUGUGUGAAGGAUGGUAAUGAGUAUCAGCCUGGUUCAGAAGUCUUAGGAAGCCGGUGCCAACAGUGUAAAUGCACAAAUCAACAAAACACCACCACUCUUCUGAAUAUCAUAGAGUGCAAGGAUAUCCCAUGUAACCUGAAGUGCCUGGAGGGUUAUUCUCCCAUUCUACACCCUGGUGACUGCUGUCCAACAUGUGUGCAGACAAGUUGUGUUAUAAGAACAAUAGAAAAUGACAUUGUCGUCUUAAAACCUGGUGAAAGUCGGAAUGAUCCCAAAGACAACUGUACUAUUUACAGCUGUACGAGGAUUCAUAGGCAGCUGAUUUCCUCUACCUCUGUGAUUAAGUGCCCAACAUUUGAUGAGUCUAGAUGCCAACCUGGCACCGUUGUAAACUUACCUAAUGGCUGUUGUAAGACAUGUAUAUUGAUGCCAGACACCCCAGCAUGCUCUCCCUCUCAAACAAUGGACUACAUCAAUUACAAUGGAUGUCGUUCAGAGGAACUAGUCCCUGUGACUCAGUGUGAAGGAAGAUGUGGAACUUUUUCAGUAUACUCUCCCGAAGCUAAUUCCAUGACGCAUAAGUGCAGCUGCUGCAGAGAGUCAAAGACAGCCAAGAAAGAAAUCAUGCUGCUGUGUCCUGGUGGGAUCAGAAAGAAACACAGGUACAUCCAUGUAGAACGCUGCGAGUGCCUGAAGACUGGAUGUGGUGACCAGCAAAUUUCCUCAGAAGAAUACAGUGAGAAGACAGAAAACACCACGCAACUGCCCCAGGAAGAGAAGGCAUUGGAACGGGUCAGGAAAGCUCUGAGGGCUAUUGGGAACAGAAGUUAA